AGUAGCACCGAUUUAUCUUGCCCACUGCACGGCACGUGUGAACAGCAGGCAAACCUCUCGAGAUAAUACUUCAAACCUGCACGGUGGGUCAUUAUAAAAGGCUCGUGGUUGCUCGCGCGCCAAACCAGUUUGACGUGCUGCUGACGGAGAGACAGGAGCACCUGUAGUCGCGAGGAAAUCAGGAAGUAAGCAGUCCCGCCCAUCGCAUUGAGGAGAGGACACACCGCUGAACCAGGUGUCCUCGAGCGAGGACUAGCGGCGCCCAAGGAUGACCGCCACGUGGUCAAGCCAUCACUGGCCGAGACGCAGCUGCCUCUUGGUCUUGGUCGUCCUCGGCCUUGCCCAGACCCUCCAUGCGGAAGACCGGCAGGAGACAAGUGCGGACGCCAGAGGAACCAAGCGCGACUACUGCGUCGUCGGAGCGGGGCCUUCAGGGCUGCAGAUGGCCUACUUCCUCCAGCAAGCCAAGAGGGACUACGUGGUCUUUGAAAGGAGCAACAUCAGCGGGCAUUUCUUCAGCGUCUACCCGAAACACCGCACGCUGAUCAGCAUCAACAAGCGAAACACGGGUCAGCAGAACCCGGAUUUCAACUUGAGGUUCGACUGGAACUCACUCUUGAGCCACGACCCGUCGCUGCUGUUCAAACACUUCUCACGUGACUACUUCCCUAAGGCAGACGCCAUGGUGAAGUACCUCGACACCUUCAGAAGGAAAAUGAAUCUUCAGGUCCAGUUCGACACCGAAGUACGAAACGUUCAGAAGCUCGCCGACGAAGGUCACAACGGUUACAAGUUCUCGCUAGAGGACCAGAGGGGCAACGCUUACUUCUGCAAGAUCCUCCUCGUUGCCAACGGUGUGUCUAAGCCGAACGUGCCCGACAUGCCCGGCAUAGAGAUGGUCACAGGCUACGAAGACGUGUCCACGAACCUGGACGACUUUGAGGCCAAGACGGUCAUGAUACUGGGCAGGGGAAACGCGGCCUUCGAAACGGCCAACUUCAUCUUCCCGGCGGCCAACUACGUCCACAUGGUGGGAGCCUCACCGCCCAGGUUCGCCUGGAGUACGCACUACGUUGGAGACCUCAGAGCUGUCAACAACGACAUCCUCGACAACUACCAGCUCAAAUCACUCGAUGGGCUAUUGGAUGCGGACUUUACAAGGCUGGGCUUCAUCAGGAUGAAAAGCGGGAAAUUGGCCCUAACCAUGAGGCAGGACACCAACGAGCGCUACAAUUAUGACAAGAACUACGACUACAGCUACAACUACAACUACAACAAGCGGAGGCAAUCGAUGGGAGGAAAGUCUUACAACUACAAUCACAAUGACGAAACUGAGAGGACCACGGACCCAAAGAAAGUCAGCAGGUGCUUCAGUUACAACUACAACAGUCGGGACAACCCUAAAUCCUACAACUAUAACUACAACAAUCCGGAAGAUGCUAAAUCCUACAACUAUAACUAUAACCACCCCGAUGAGCCCAAAUCGUACAACUACAACUAUAACAUUCCAGAAAACAAAAAUUCUUGCAGCGACAAGGGCCGAGAUAAGACUAUGUGCUUCAGCUACAACUAUUCAACCGAGGCCAUGUCUGACGGCAACGGCAACUGGGACAAAACCAAGUCUUCUAACUACAACUACAACUACCCAGAUAACACGAAGUCGUACAACUACAACUACAACAACCCUGACAAAAUGAAGUCCUACAACUACAACAACCCGGACAAAACCAAGUCCUACAAUUACAACUACAAUAACCCGGACGAAACAAAAUCCUACAACUAUGAGAACCCGGACAAGACGAAGUCCUACAACUACAACUACAACAACCCAGACAAAACCAAGUCCUACAACUACAAUAAUCCGGACGAAACCGAAUCGUACAACUACAACUACAAGGACCCAGACAAGACGAAGGCCUACAACUACAACUACAACAACCCAGACAAAACCAAGUCCUACAACUACAACUACAAUAACCCGGACGAAACCAAAUCGUACAACUACAACUACAAGAACCCAGACAAGACGAAGUCCUACAACUACAACUACAACAACCCAGACAAGACGAAGUCCUACAACUACAACUACAACAACCCAGACAAAACCAAGUCCUACAACUACAACUACAAUAACCCGGACGAAACCAAAUCGUACAACUACAACUACAAUAACCCGGACAAGACGAAGUCCUACAACUACAACUACAACAACCCAGACAAGACGAAGUCUUACAACUACAACUACAACAAUCCAGAAAAAACCAAGUCCUACAACUACAACUACAAUAACCCGGACGAAACAAAAUCCUACCACUGCAACAACCCAGACAAGACGAAGUCCUACAACUACAACUACAACAAUCCAGACAAAACCAAGUCCUACAACUACAACUACAAUAACCCGGACGAAACAAAACCCUACAACUACAACAACCCAGACAAGACGAAGUCCUACAACUACAACUACAACAAACCAGACAAAACCAAGUCCUAUAACUACAACUACAAUAACCCGGACGAAACCAAAUCCUACAACUACAACUACAAGAACCCAGACAAGACGAAGUCCUACAACUACAACUACAACAACCCAGACAAGACGAAGUCCUACAACUACAACUACAACUAUCCGGACAAAACCAAGUCCUACAACUACAACUACAAUAACCCGGACGAAACCAAAUCCUACAACUACAACUACAACAACCCAGACAAGAAGUCCUACAACUACAACUACAACAAUCCAGACAAAACCAAGUCCUACAACUACAACUACAAUAACCCGGACGAAACCAAAUCGAACAACUACAACUAUAACUACAACAAUCCCGACGAAACCAAGUCCUACAACUACAACUACAACGACGGCGGUCAAAAGAACGAAACAAGCGAUAGUAGCACUAACGAAGACGGGGAGCACAGGGAGGAGUACGACGCAAUAAUACGGUGCCUGGGCUUUGGCUACGACGACUCGAUGUUUAGUCCCUCGACCAUGCCACGUCGAUGGGAAGGCCCCAAAAAGAGGUAUCCGCUGAUCAAUGCCGACUACGAGUCAGCCAACGUGCCCGGAAUGUACUUCGUCGGUUCCACCGUCCACUCACUUGACUACAGAGAGGCCAGUGGAGGCUUCAUCCACGGCUUCCGAUAUACAACUCGAGUUCUACACCGGCUUCUGGAGUUCAAGCACGAGGGCGUCCCGUGGCCCAGCACCCGUGGGCCCUUGGUAGAUUUGGUAAGCGCCGUGAUGAAAACAAUCAACGAGGCAUCGGGCAUCUACCAAAUGCAUCACUUCCUUGCCGAAGUCUUCAUCAUUGACCGGAAGUCAAUGGAGUUUCGCCACGUACCGGAAUACCCACUGAGCCUGCUCAAGGAACUGGCCGCCAAGACAGGGCACGAGGGCACAGAGCUUAUGGUCCUUGCCAUGCGACUCAACCCGGACUUUUCGGGCCCCCGCCAGGACACCUUCCACGAGAAUAGGGCGACGUCGGACGUCGACAAGGCUCAUCUGUCCAACUUUCUGCACCCUAUCAUCUACUACUAUGAUGACAUUAGCCAAGCUAAGGUGGACCCUACAAACGAACGGAACCUCGUUCUGCCUGAACCAACCAAGACCCAUCACGUGGUAGAAGAUUUCCUGAUCCGCUGGACCUCGGAACACUUGCACAUCGCGCCACUGAGACAAUUCGUCCAGUCUUGCCUGGAAGUCGAUCUGCAACGCUAUAGGCCCGCGGACUGUCUCGAGAAGCUGAUGCUCAAGAACGAAUCUUCGCCGGCGCCCCUGAGCUGUCUCCAACUACCAGAGCACGUCAGGCCAGACGUGGUGGUGGGAUACGGCGGUAGUUACGCCGCUUGACACGUGUAGCACAGUGAUACCAGCUCUCAUCAAGGACGAUGACACCUGUAAAGCAAGUGUAAAAAAAAUGAUGAUUCCAAGAUUUAUUUGAUUUUUUUUCCAGUUAUUACUUCAAAUAAUAAUAAAGAUGGCAUGCAGGGGGAUGUGAGAAAACAAAUUUAGAAAAAAGAGACCAAGACUCGGCGCACCGGUCAUCCGCUACAAGUUGCACGCCUACGCACUAGCACUGUUAUCUGCCACUUAAUUCUUCCCCCAUGUAGCUCUGGGUUGGAACGGCCUUUCCCGCCAUAUCGCCUGCUCCUCUACCUUUAUGAGACAUGUAACCAUUAACCUUCCACCUUGAAGACUUCUAACACCGAUGUUCGAGUGCUCUGUAACCUCACCUCUUAUGUAAUGCUCCCCGAUUCGGGGGGUCUUUAAAGUAAUAAAUUGACGGGAAGUGAAGACAUUA